GCGAUACGAACACACAACACCCAGCGACCCAGGGCGAAGAGGGACUCGACGAGAGGCACUCAUCCAGGGCACUGCGAAGAGGGCGCGGACACUCGUACAAUGGCACAGGUUCUUACCAAAGUACCCAAGAUGGCAAAUAGGCGUGUUUUCGUUGUUGGAGUUGGAAUGACGAAGUUUGAGAAACCUGGCCGACGAGAGGACUUUGGUUAUCCUCAGAUGGUAAAAGAAUCUGUGGGAAAAGCCCUGGCUGAUGCAAAACUCACCUAUGAUAAGAUCCAGCAAGCUACCAUUGGAUAUGUUUAUGGUGAUUCAACAUGUGGUCAGCGUGCCUUGUAUGAGGUUGGCAUGACUGGGAUUCCAAUGUACAAUGUCAACAACAACUGUUCAACUGGGUCCACGGCACUUUUGCUGGCAAAGAACAUCAUUGCAGGAGGCCAGGCUGAUUGUGUCCUGGCUGUUGGCUUUGAGAAGAUGGAGAGAGGAUCUCUGAAAGCUAAGUUACUCACAGUUUCAAGAAGAGUAUACCUUGGAUCAAAUCCAAGCAUCCCCCAUGGUGACUUGCCACCUCACCAAGCUCCAGUGCUGCCCAACCUCUGAUGGAUCUGGUGCUGCUAUUCUUGCCUCUGAAGAUUUUGUAGUUUCCAAUGGUCUUCAGAAUCAGGCCAUUGAGAUCCUGGCAAUGGAGAUGGCAACAGAUCUACCAUCAACCUUUGAGGAGGAAAGCCCCAUGAAAAUUGUUGGUUUUGACAUGACAAGAACAGCAGCCCAAAAAGUUUUUAGUAUUGCAGGAGAAUCACCAGCAAAUGUUGAUGUGGUUGAACUUCAUGAUUGCUUCUCUGCCAAUGAACUUAUUACUUAUGAAGCUCUUGGCUUGUGUGGGGAAGGUGAAGCUGGAAAGAUGAUUGAUGCUGGUGACAACACAUAUGGUGGGAAGUACGUCAUUAAUCCAUCUGGUGGACUUAUCUCAAAGGGCCACCCCCUUGGUGCCACAGGCCUUGCGCAGUGUGCCGAGUUGUUGCAGCUGCGUGAAGCUGGCAAACGUCAAGUGCCAGGGGCAAAAUUAGCCUCUCAGCAUAACAUUGGCCGAGGAGCAGCGGUUGUAGCACUCUACAGGAUGGGCUUCAGAGAAAUGAACGGGGGAUUGUGGCAGCAGCUACAUCAGCUGAGAGGAGUUUAAAAGUGCAAACAUCU